UUUUGUAUGUUUGUAAUUUGUGCUUGUAAUUUGUGCGUAAUUUGAAAUAUUGGUUAAAGUUUGUGCUUUAACUUUUUUCAGGAAUGAAGAAACAUAAAAUGAAAAAAACUGAGCAAACCAUUUUGUGUGUUUCAUGCAUUUAAUCACCAAGUCUAGGAAAAUUUCUUCAACAUACUGUGUGUCAUUAGCAUAUUUAGUUAAAAUGUAUUUUUACAACUUUUUGGCACAUUUUUCAUGUAAAAACUACCCAACUAGAAUAAUUCAAACUUUUAUGUUUAGCAUCUCGUAUUAUCUACUACAGUAUAUAUUAAAUUCAGAUUCAUCAAGUAAAAAUUAAUGUACUGACAAGUAACCAAUAGCAUCUGGUCCCUUUAAUACUAUGUACCUAUUUGCUCUUUCUGAACAAUACAGAAAAUAAACUUCAUUUGGGUUACAACUCACACAAAGUUGUUUGAGAUUACAUCUUUAAAACUGAAAUUAAACACAUUUAUAUACUUACACACAUUGAGGCUGAUGAUGAUGAAGUCAUUACUAACAAUGAUACUACUUUUUUUUUUUUUAUUUAUCUUUUUUUCUCUCUCUCUCCAGAAAAAAGAGACCAUGUGGUCACUGAAGCUGCUUCACACUGCUGUCUGGGAGCACCGGUGGUAUGACGCCUUCAGGCUCUUGCCGUGUGUUGUCACCCAGGCAUUUCCACAUCUUUCCCUGGAGUUCUUGUGGAAGAUGAUGGAUGUCAUCACCAGAAAUGUCCCAAGUCUGUCUGUGGAUGACAGAAAAAAAUUCAGGUCCAUUCUUCAUGGUAUGCAAUUAAAGACACCACUGUAUCAUGACAUUUUAUCACAAGAUCUUCUAGGAGCAACUGACAGAGAUGCUGAUGAAUUGUUGCAGAUGAUUGAGGACAUCCAGAACCAAAGGCAGCCUCCAGCUCAGGGGACUGAGACCAGCAUGUACAUACAUUCCAAGGCAGUGUCUGAUGGUCAGGUGCACUACCACUGCCAGAAGAGCUCCUUGCUGAAUGCCACGUCAUCUUCCCAGCCACUGGACGAUGAGGAGCACGUGAGUCACCCCUUGUCUGUCCUGCAGGCGAGUGGUCACUGGCAACUGAGUGAAGAACCAAUAGGCCCUGUAGACCUUCAAAGAGCUUUCAUGAGGCACUUAAGCCUGCUUGCCAAGAAACGCAGGAAGAGAGUGAAAGGCAUCUCACUAAGGUCUGAGCAAAACUGCAUCCCAAAAAAAGAAGGCCGUCCAACAUACCCAAGAGAGAGUACAGAAAACAUCAGAGGUUGCAACUGUCACUAUAUCUCAGGACCUUGACCAGGAGACUCAAAGAGAAGGACUUCAUGAUUUUACUGAGUGUGAGGAGAAUCUUACACAACUUUCACCAUCUAAGGAUUCUGCAAACCAUUAUAUUUUGAAUGAAGAGACUGGAUUGUCACCAAGAUCUCUAAGAAACAUUUUUGAUGCAUCUUCUGAAAAUUUUCUCACCAGCACUCAGACCAGAGAUGAGAGAUGCAGAGACCAAAAGAAACUUGUAGAGAAUCCUGAAUUGAAUGGCACUAGCAUUAUAUGUCAGGAAACUAAUAAAAAAUUUGCUUCAUCAUCUGGUGCUACAAAGACUAAAGAUGGUCAUUGUUCUCAGAGCAAAAUAAAAAAAUGCAAAAGCCUUCCCAGUGUGACAUCAAAAAGGAAAUAUUUUGGUGAUCAUACUGAAUCUAAUGAUAGAGGAGAUGGAAAACGGGAUUCCACUGAAAAUAAGAAGGAUUCCGAAAGUAUGUCUGUAAAAGCUAAAUCAAGAACACGAAAGAAAAGGAAGCUUCCUCAGAGAAAACAAUCAGUGCCCCAACCUGCUGCUCAACCCAUGAGAAUCAGAUUAAUCAAUAGGAAAUUAUAUCAGUCAUAUAGCAAAGGCGCCACAACAGUGAGCAACAAAACAGUGGUGGAUGCAGAUCAAAAUUGCUUGCCAGAAGAAGACACCAGCACCAUCUCUUGCUUGACAUAUAGACUUGGCAGUGACAGAAGUGUUGGUGACAAUAGACAGCCUGUUGAUUGUCAAGAGGAAAGAGCUCAUGAAGUCCAAGGAGUAGAAGAUGGUUUUCUACAGCAAGAGGGAGAAGAGGAACAUGGUAGUUUGGUUGAAGUAGAGAGCACUUGUGUAGAAAAUCCAGAAAAGAAAAAACUGCUCUCUGAUGAAUCACUAAGCGUAAAUACUAAAGUGGCAAGGCAUGAUGUGAAUGUUACUUUGGAGACAAGUGUGAGAAAUACUAAAGACAGAAGUAAAUGUUGUAUUGCUUCCUCAGACUCUGCACAAAAUGUACCUGACACCAGAACUUCCUUUCAUAUUUGUGAACUAAAAGGUGACAAAUCAGAAUGUAGUGCAAGUGGUGAAGAUAAAGAAAAAAAAAAUGAAAAAGACAUCAGUUCAAGAAGUGAUGAAGAUAGUGCUUCCUCCCCAGAUCAGCCUGCACCAUUGAGUCAGUGUGGCCAAGGAUUCUUUUUAACACAAGAGAGGGAAUCUGGUGAGCUUUUGCUGUCACCAGACGGCAAAGAAUCUGAAAGUCAGAAACCAGAACAUUGGAAUUUAAAAGAUAUUAGCCUGGCUGAGUUGGAAAAACUAAAUAUGGAAGAUCUGGAGCAUUUUCUGUUCAGCGAACUGGCAGAGGAACAUUACAGUGAGUCCAUUGGAAAUGAAGAAAAUUCCUCAGGAGUGCAUAACUGGCACUCAAACAAAACUACAGAUGGGUUAUUGGAAUCUGUGUCAAUGCACCGAAGCCCUAUGGAGGGUUCCAGUGUCGCCACUUGUGUCGCUGAAGAGGAAACAUUGCUCAAAGCUGAAGAUUGGGUGCAGGUUCAGAGGAAACUAAGUGAACCACAACAAGAAUCUCCAUGUAAAGAAAGAUGUGAUUCACAAAUAGAUGUACAAAAUUUUGAGAAAUCUUUAGGUUUAGAACAUAAAUUCCCUCAAAAAUCAUUAGAUAAGAUUAAAUCUGCACCAUUUCAUUCAAAAAGAAUAAAGAGCAAUUUUAAAGUCCCAGUAAUGGAUUGUAUUAAAGAUUUACCAUGCCAUUUUGAAAAUAGACAGUCUUAGGCAGAAACGUCAUCACAAAGAGACAUCACACUAGUACCCGAAGCCAAGGAUCCCACACUGACAACCAGCAAGCACCAUUUCAAGAAUAGAAGUAAAAGACAAGAAUCCUUGAUAAGAUGGACAGAAGGUCUCCCUUUUGAUACUGAAAAGUUACUGGCUGGCUUACAGAAAUCACUUCAUAAAGACAGCACAUUGCAGAUGGACAAGAUAGCCUUAAAUACCAGUCGGUCUGUGGAUAAAGAAAAUGAGGAAGACCGAAGUGUGACAGGUUCAACAUGUAUGAAUGAUUUAAUGUACAAUAGUGAAAAAGGGGAAGAGACUCAUGGGACAUCACCUCAUUCAGAAAACAAAAUUGAUCUGGGGAAUGAAGCUCCAUCAAGGAAGCGUACAAGAGCUGACAGGACAUCAGCCACAGAAUCAAACACUGGCAUUACUGUUGAGGAACAGAAAUCAUACAGCAAAAAAGAGCCUAACAGAAUUGAGAAAAUAAAAAGGAAACCUAAGAAGAAAAAGAAAAGUUCAGAUGAAAGUCCAGGUCACUGUGAGGUAACAGAAUCAAGUCCUGCUACACCUCAAGAGAAAAAGGUCAGAGAUAGUAAAUGUGAAAAAGGCGAGAGAGACCUUAGGAAAGAGAAAAAGAAAAGAAAUACAAAACAAUAGGAGAGUGAGAAAGGGAGUUGCGGCAUGAACCAAAGAAACGAUAUCAGGCAUGAAGAGUAUGAAAAAAAAACAGUUAUCUUAGUGUGAGUGUGGAAAAUUUAGAUUUCAAAGCAACCAAGCAUGAGAAAGACAGUCCAUAUAAGGUAGGAACAGACUUGACUGUGAUGAUCUCAGAACACAGAUGCACUGACUCAGACAAACAGGAGUUAGCUCAGCACAGUGGCAGAACUAGCAAGAGACAGAAGGUGGAAAGCAGCAGACUCAGCAGUGAGUGUAGCACGUCAGAUCAGAACUUAAGCAUCACCAUCUGCAACCAAAUACGGAGGCCCAUCAACAUCCGAAUCACUCUGUGCUGCAGCCCCAAGAGUGACGGCAAUGCCUCCACAGACCAGCAUUCUGUGAUUGGAGGUGGAGGUGGCUGGGAUGACCCUGAUGAGCAGAGGCAAAGCAUGGAGUCACCGAAGGUCUCCACCCCACACAGGAGUCCACCAAGUGCAAGAAAACGGAAGUGCUUUGAGAAUGAUUCAUCAUAAAGGUCAGGCUGCUGAGAUUAUUAUUACUCUAGUUUUUGUUGGGCAUGAACAGUGCUUAUAUAAGAGAAAGUGAAUCUUUUCCCCUUUCCUUAUCUUUUUGUAGGAUGCAUCUUAUCAUUCUGGAUUCAAAGGAUGCAAUUUAACAGCCUUAUUUGAUUUUUUUACAACUUUUGGUCUACAUCCUUGCAUUGCUUUCUAUAUAUUGUUUGUAUAUUGUGUUAAAAUUAUUGCAUCUGUAACUAUUGCAUAGACCUUCAUAUUAUGAUGUGCAAGUUAUUAACUAUGAAAAAAAUUCAGUAAAACCAAACCUUUAACAUUUUAGUUUUGGGAUUUCAGUUUGGUAGCAUCAGUCAGUCACUAUGCUGCUUUAUUUUCGGCAACUGAAUUAUCAUGCUAGGCACUGCUGGGCAUCUCAGCCUCCACCUGCAUGGUUGUCCUGCUGUGCCAGCAGCCACAUGCUGGCCACUUUCAGCGGUAACUAUGUUGCCUUGCAUUACUUAUCAACUUUGGUGGUGUUUUUUGUUAUUGGUACUCCUCAGUUUGAUUACCAUUUUUAUUUUUUUAAUCAAUGACGUUUUUUUAGGUUUCAUGUUCUCAGAUCUUCCAAAGCAUUUGAAAUUCUGUUCUCCACAAGUGCAGCAAAAUUUAGCUGCAUCAAUUAUAGUUUUGUGAUUUUAACUUUUUCCCCUUGAGAGUUUUUUGUUUGGUGAGUUUUAGUGGUUCACAAAGCAUUGGGAGGAGGCAGGGAUGUGCCUCCAACUUUGUGAUGCUUGUGUGUGCCAAGGUGUUCUCACAUCAACCUUAGGGAUUAUUAUAACCUGAGGGUUGAGGAGGGAUGAGUCAGGGAUAUGUAAUAGUGCUUCAGCCAUUAUGUCAAAGUUCUGCAAAUAUUUAUUUACUUUUGAAGAGAUGUAAUGAUGAAGAGAGGAUUUGUGUUUUGGUAGAGGUGUCCAAGUGUGAUACCUUCAGAUGGUGCGGCUGCGUGGAGGGAAGAAGAAGGGAAGUGAUGGAGAGGAGAAAGGCACACUGGAUAAGGAUUAUAGGAUAAUCCAUAAGAUCCUGUAUUGAAUGUGGCUUAUGUUUUGAAA